AUGCUUCAAUAUCUGUUUCCAUCCGUAAAACAGGGCUUGGGUUCGCCGUUCCAGCUGAUGGCCCGCUGGGGGCCUAUGAGAUUGUACUCUUCGGCAGUUAGAGAUACAGUAAAACCUGUCGACUCCAGAAAGACAUACCUGAUUGAUAGAUAUAAACACUUAAUGGAAUCUAAUCAGAUAGUGCUAUUUGCACACCGCAACAAUUUAAUGAAACAAGAAUCGUUCGAAUUGAGAAACCUAGUAAGCGAGUUAGACGGCCAGGUAACUGUACUAAGAAAUAAUCUAUUCCAGGUAUACCUAAGGAACAGUCACCGUCCCGAUCCUGCAGCCAAGGUGCGUAAGGGAGAACAAAACUGGAAACAUCCCCUAUUACCACUGUUCCGUGGACCUACUGCAGCAAUUUCUUUUAAAGAGGCAAACCCACAGAACAUCGCUAAGUUAUUGAAAGCUCUUGAGAGAUCAAAAGAUAAAUUAUUUAUUGUGGGUGCCAAAGUGGAAACGGAAACUUUUGAUGUUGCCAAAUUAAAUGAGUUUAAAACUCUACCUACUAAGCCUGAGUUACAAUCUCAACUGGUUGGUUUGUUGAACAUCAUGGGCGCUGCAGGCUUGGUUAGAACGCUUGAAUCGGCUUCAAAAACUCUAUACUUGACCUUAAAAUCUCAUGAGGACAACAUUAAUCCAGAAAAGAAAAUUGAGGAAGAGACACCUAAGGAUGCUUAA